ACGAAGAAGAAAUGAAUGCACGUCCGUUUUGGGUGUGUGGCGUAAUUUCCUUUCCUUCUGUGCUAACCAUAAGUGAGCACGCGUUCGACUUUCUUGCUCAAAAUGCGUUACGUAGCUGCUUACCUGCUAUCUGCCCUUGGCGGCAAUGAGAAUCCAGAUGCUAAACACAUCAAGAAGAUCCUGGAAAGUGUUGGCAUUGAGGCUGAUGACACCCGUUUGGAAAAGGUCCUCGCUGAGCUCAAAGGCAAGAAAGUGAAUGAUGUGAUUGCUGCUGGUAUGUGCAAACUCGCCAGCAUGCCAGCAGGCGGUGCUGUAGCAGUGGCCACCUCUGCAGCUGCUGGUUCAGGAGGAGCUUCCGCACCUGCUGCAGCUGAAGAAAAGAAGAAGGAGGAGAAGAAGGAAGAGUCUGAAGAAUCCGAUGAUGACAUGGGAUUCGGUCUUUUUGACUAAAAGAGCUCUGUAUGGAAUAAAAAAUGUUUUAAAACAAAA